UCUCUAAUUUUGUUUUACAAUAUAUAAAGAUUAAAGGACUCCAAAGACAAAUUGAUAUGAUAUCUCAACGUAAGGAGUUAAAAGACCACAGGUGGCCAAACCUCCAAGUUGCUUCUUGGCCUCUCAGAGAAAUAGACAUGGGAUAUGCAAAGCAGACAGAUAGCUCUUCAUGUGGCCUCUUUCUUUUGAACUAUAUCGAAUACUGGACAGGGGAUGAACUGUCUGACAGUUUUACCCAGGAUGACAUGUCACACUUUAGAAAGAAAAUGGCUGCUAUAUUACUAUCUUCAGAACUGAAUAAGAGAAGGAGGUGUCUGUUAUACAAAAAUGAUAAAGAAGUUGACUCUGGAAGCCCAUCGGAUGUUGAGAUAUUAGAAAACCCAACAGAUUCUAAGAAGAGGAAGCUACUCCACGUGCUUGAUGAUAACGAAGUAGUGUAUGAAGAUGAGGAAGGCCCUAUUACUCAAGCAGACUUGCAAAAGUGGUUUGUUGAUGAUUGGGAUAAAAGAACUCCUGUAAAAGUAUCUAACGAUGGGUGCACCAAUGACUUUUUAAUGGUUGGUCUUUCCACAAAGGACAUGCCAGUGACCAAAGCCGAUUCAAUAGAUGUUUUAUGUGAUUAUAUCAUGACAAUAGAAGACGAUACGACACUAGAGUAAGUGCUCAUUGAUUUAUCUAUUUUAUGUAUAUCAACUACUUAGAUUCUUGAUAUAGACUUUCGUCAUGCUACAUUACAGGA